AUGUCCGUGCUCCCCAACGGAUCCACAGAGAUUCUGGUUGGUGUAGGCAGCGACGAUUGCAACAACACCAAAGAGCUCAACGACGACUCUUCAUCCACAAGUGAUGAGAGUCCAUGUGACGACAGUGUCGUCACGCUCAAUGAGGUGUACGCCAUGACAAAGGAAGUUCAACAACGGGAGGAAGAGCUGCGGCGUUGCCAUGAGACGCGCCACGCCGCCGGGGCAAAAGAAAUGUUGCGGCGCCGCGAAGCUCUGCGAGAGCGGAUAGCGUUCGUGCGGCACCAACUCCCCAGUGCUCGAGAGGAGCUCCGUGAGGCAGAGUGGGAACAAAAGCGGCAGCAAGGGUGUGAAGCGCGGGCUAGCAGCGUCCGGAUAGAGCCGGAGAACCCGCUUGCUGAAGGCGAUGACGUCGGCAUGCGUGUCAAACGCUUGCGGGCCGUCCUCCCGUGGUCCACACGUAUGUGGCGGUCCUUCUACAACACCACACGCUUCCUCCUCAUUUCGGUGUCAUACACACCCUACGCCGAUCUAAACGACCCUAAUAGCCGGCGUGAAUACUACAAAGAAGAAGUGUAUGAAUAG